GCCUUCCCCCGGCGUCGCCUUCCCCUCCGGGCGGACCACGUUGAGCGGCCACUUUUCUCGCCCGUUGCUCCUUCCGGGCUCGGCCUUCAGGGCCGAAUCAAAGGCCGGUUAGAGACUGAGCUAGAAAUAAGCCCUUGUGUCCGACCCAGAUCAUAUGAACUUUCAAUAUGCUUCGAUACCAGUAUGUUUGCAGAAUCUGCAAAGGAUUCUUUCCAUACAGUUUUGAAACUAGCAUAUUUAAUAUAGGCAUAUGCCCAAAAGAAACGCAUUCUUCAGUCAACAGGUACAAUGAACCUGAAGAUGGAAAACAUGCAAGUGUUUCCAAAGAUCAGGAAAUGCAUAAUUCUCCAAGUGGAAAUCAUGAAACUGUGAAACAAUUACAUGUACCAGUGAUGGUGAAUGAAGUUAUUAAUUGUUUAGCACCGCAGCAAGGGCAGAAUAUUCUUGAUAUGACAUUUGGUUCAGGAGGUCACUCAAGAGCCAUUCUACAGAAAGAAGUGGAUGUUACCUUAUAUGUUCUAGACAGAGAUCCAACAGCUUAUGCCAUAGCUCAGCAGCUUUCAGAAUUGUAUCCAAAACAGAUUCAAGCUUUGCUAGGCCAGUUUAGCCAAGCUGAGGACAUGCUAGUGAAAGCUGGAGUACAGCCGGGGACUGUUGAUGGAGUUCUUCUAGAUCUUGGGUGUUCCUCCAUGCAACUUGAUACUGCUGAAAGAGGUUUUUCCCUUCGAAAGGAUGGCCCUUUGGACAUGAGGAUGGAUGGUGGCAGGUACCCUGACAUGCCCACUGCCGCUGAUGUUGUGAAUGCCUUAGAUCAACAGGCACUCGCGUUGAUCCUGAGAACAUAUGGGGAAGAGAAGUAUGCCAAGAAAAUCGCUUCAGCAAUCGUUCAGGCACGCAGCAUCUACCCCAUAACCAGAACCCAGCAGCUUGCCAGCAUUGUUGCAGGUGCUUUUCCUGCUGCUGCUUUGUAUGAAAGGAAAGACUUACUCCAGAGAUCCACCCAUAUUGCUACCAAGACUUUCCAAGCCCUCCGAAUAUUUGUCAACAAUGAGCUGAAUGAACUCUACGUGGGACUGAAGACAGCUCAGAAGUUUCUGAGGCCGGGGGGUCGUCUUGUUGCCCUUUCUUUCCACUCACUGGAAGACCGCAUCAUCAAACGGUUCUUACAUGGAAUGGACGUGACAGAAAAGCUUAGUCCCAAAAGGAGACAGAAGAUAAAGCAAGCCCCAGGAUUGUGUUUAAAUCUAGAAAACGAAGAAGAAUUCUCUAGAAGCUCAUCUCCCUUGGAAUGGGAAAUGAUCCACAAGAAGGUGGUGACCCCGGAAAGCCAGGAGGUGCAGGACAAUCCUAGAGGGCGCUCUGCCAAGCUCCGGGCAGCUAUCAAGCUAUAAAAACAAAAACAUCCCCCAUCCUUUUCCCUCAUUUUUGUCUAUAUCAUUUAAAAAAUUAACUUUUGAAACAGCUCAAAUAAAGUAAAAUGUUAUUGAUGUAAGAGAACCCAGAAUUUGAGGCUAUUUAGUAUCACUUUUUGUGGAAAACAAGACUCAAGGAACAUAAACAUGACAAGAAAAAUUCAGCACAAGAAUCUGAGUUUCAGGACUGGAAAAUGAUUUCAUUUUAGUGAAAAAAAAAAGUCAUGUGAGGGUUUUUUUAAGUAGUCCCCUAAUCAAGAGAAGGUUAAUAAAUUGUAAGUGAAUUCAAUUUAAUGGAGAAUAAAUAGUAUAGUAUACUUAUCUAAAUAUGUAGAUCCAAACCGUCAGCAGAGUAGGAAAUUGUAACCGUAUCUUUAUGUUCUAAAUUCUCCAUUUAGAAACAGUCUUUUUAUGGCUUAAUCAAUUGGUCCUAACUAUGAAAGAAAACUUAAUUUCUCUCACUGGGAAUGAAGAAUUAUUACUCUAGCUUUCUCAAAUACAGGUAUUAGGCUACUUAACAAUCUUCAAGUGUCUUUCAUUAAGAACUCACCUUAUACCGCUGAAUUUCAUUGUUGUAAUUGUGAUGAUUAAUAUCUAAAAGGGUUUUUAUUACUUAGUCCAUAUGAUGUAAAACUAAAAUUAUAUCAAGUCAACAAGCGUUUAUAUUAAACACCUACUAUAAGCCAGGCAUGAUAUCAUUUCUAUUAUAUCAGUUUCGUGAAUUAGGAAAAUAAACAUUUCGCCAAACCAGCAUUGAAUAUGUACUUUAACUAACAGAGAAAAACUUUGUUAAGGUAUGAUAUUGCUUA